GAAUAUCUUCUUCUUCAGAUUCGGUAAGACAUUUCAUUUGUCAGGCUUUGUUUUUAUUUGUUCAAAGAUUUGUUAAAGAUGGCGAUAAUAAACAAUAAUUGUUGAUGUUGUUGCUUAUAGGCUGUUGAUAUUGAUGUAUUCAUUUUAAAUUAAUGGACCGAACAAGAAAAAAGUAAUGGUUGUUUAUAUAUCCAUAGUCGUUUCAACUUUGCCCAGAUAGUGUUAAAUGAACAACUGCCAAAAUGGCUGAUAGUCAAAGCCAGACAGUUGAAUAUCAAUGGGCAUAUUCGAUAAUGGACUCAAGCAGAGUUUCUACAUUCCUUAUAUCUAUGCUUCUCAUUGUUUAUGGAUCAUUUCGCAGUCUCAAUAUGGAACAAGAGGCUAGAGAACGAGCAAACGGAACAACGAAUUGUCUGUUGAACCCUCCCCAGACAGUUUCCACAGAAAAUAAUGUACAGACUUUAGACACAGUGCAGGCUCUAUGUUUACCUUUAGGAGCAAGUGUCUCCUUGCUGGUUAUGUUUUUCUUUUUUGAUUCUAUGCAGAUGUUAUUUGCAAUAUGCACAGCUGUUAUUGCAACUGUAGCUCUUGCCUUUCUCUUGUUGCCAAUGUGUCAAUAUAUUAUGGGACCUUGUUCGGAUGGCAAUAAAAUCUCGUUUGGAAUGUGUGGUCGAUUCACUGCCGCAGAAUUAUUUUCUUUUUCCCUCUCUGUGUUCAUAGUUUGUAUAUGGGUAUUGACGGGUCACUGGCUGCUAAUGGAUGCAAUGGGAAUGGGUUUGUGUGUAGCGUUUAUUGCUUUCGUCAGGUUGCCUAGUUUGAAAGUAUCUACUUUGCUGUUAACUGGUUUACUCAUUUAUGAUGUUUUCUGGGUAUUUUUCUCAUCAUAUAUUUUCAGCGCCAAUGUUAUGGUAAAGGUGGCUACCAGACCAGCUGAGAACCCUGUGGGAGUAGUUGCAAGGAAAUUGCACAUAGGAGGUGUUGCCAAGGAAGCACCAAAACUUAGUCUGCCUGGAAAACUAGUAUUUCCCAGUCUUCAUAACUCUGGUCAUUUCAGUAUGUUAGGGUUAGGUGAUAUUGUAAUGCCUGGAUUGUUGCUUUGUUUUGUUCUACGUUAUGAUGCCUAUAGGAAAUCUCAAGGUAUGUCCGGAUCCCGUCUCACCUAUUUUCACUGCUCUCUCUUCGGAUACUUUCUGGGACUCUUGACAGCCACUGUGACAUCAGAAUUGUUCAAAGCCGCCCAACCUGCUCUCUUAUAUUUAGUUCCAUUCACCUUAUUGCCCUUGCUCACAAUGGCAUACCUCAAAGGUGAUUUACGAAGAAUGUGGUCUGAACCGUUCAAAUCGUUAGCUGUUACAAAGCAUCUACAAGAUGUGUGAUAGAGAUUCUCGACUGUUAUCUACUGUUAAUUAAAUUUUUAAUUAGGAUAUAAAAAGUGUUAUAUUAGUCAGCAAACGACAAACUGUGAACAAUGUGGAUUUUUAUUUAUUAUGAAAUAAUAUAAAACAUCUGUUGUCAAUUCAAAAUCAUAACUUUAAGGUUUAAACUAGGUUUGAGUUAACAAAGUACAAGUAUGAAAUCUGUUUUUUACUCAUUAUACAUUUUGCUUCAUUUA